UAUUAAUCGUGUUUAUACUUGUCAACGUACCACGGGUAACCCCUCUUCACAUUAAACUCACGAUCGUACAGUAAGCUGUCAAAGCUUGUUGCUUAAAUCUGUGCAGUGCUACAAGUAAAGAAGAAAUGAGGACGGAUAUAUUAACGAAAUAACAAGCCAUAGUCCUACGAACAGAUCAAGAAUUAAAUGGGCUGUUAAACAGAUAUUUCGGGAGCACUUGACAUCUUGUUUUCGUUACUUCAGUUGGACUGCCGUGUCGUCUGCCCUGGCUGGUGCGUGAUCCUCUGGGAAGCAGUUCAUCCGUGAUGAUGAGAUCACAAACAGGUCUUUUAGAAGAUAUCUGAACUUAAAGUCGGUCUGUCGGGCCAGACUCGGGCAUCAGCACUGGAUACCUCACCUGCGAGCCAUUUCCAUCAUUUUGCACAACGUCAGCGCCUAAAGAAAUGCUAAAAUUGAAACAGAAUAUAAGAGGACAAAAGUGACUGAGAAUGUAUUACUAAAUUGAUAAGUCUGCUGUAAAUCUCUCUCACUUGUCUGAUAUUUAUGGGCACCAGCAUUUGUGUAGUUAUUUCUGUUUGAUGGGCAACUUCUCAGUGAUUGACCAGCCUUCUGAUCUUUUCACUCCAGCUAAUGGAGGACUCACCAGGUUGUUUUAAAAGAGAACUUUGUGCAUAGAGCCCUUUUGGUGUAUGAGGCACAAGGCAAUAAGUCUGACUUUCAAAAAAUAUCACAUUUGUGAUUAUAACCUUUGGGCAUGGCGUUGAACCUGUCUUCAGUGAGGGACACAAAAUGGCUUACACUGGAAGUCUGUCGACAGUUUCAGCGAGGAAACUGUUCACGUAGUGAUGAGGAAUGCAAAUUUGCUCAUCCACCGAAGAGCUGCCAAGUUGAAAAUGGGAGAGUUAUUGCCUGCUUUGACUCAUUAAAGGGCAGAUGCUCAAGGGAAAAUUGCAAGUAUCUUCAUCCUCCUUCACACUUAAAAACCCAAUUAGAGAUAAACGGGCGCAACAAUCUUAUUCAGCAGAAGACGGCAGCCGCUGUGUUGGCCCAACAGAUGCAGCUCAUGAUCCCAGGACCCAGCCUGCAGCCUGUGGGGCUGGGCACAAACACUGGUCUUUGUUAUGGUUCAUAUGUGACACCGUUGAGCCAUGGCAUGAGCCUUGUCCCGACCGACAGCACCCCGGUUCUUGUUCCUGGGAGCCCACCUAUCACAGUCCAGGGCUCCUCUUCUUCUUCCACUUCUUCUUCCUCCUCUUCUUCUCCUUUACAGAAGCUGCAGCGAACAGACAAACUAGAGGUUUGCCGCGAGUUUCAGCGGGGAAGCUGCGCGAGAGGGGAGACAGAUUGCCGCUUUGCCCACCCCAGUGACAGUCCAAUGAUUGACACCACUGAUAACACUGUCACUGUUUGCAUGGACUACAUCAAGAGCCGCUGCUCCAGGGAGAAGUGCAAGUAUUUUCAUCCGCCUGCACACUUGCAGGCCAAAAUCAAAUCCUGUCAACAGCAAGUCAGUCACGCAGCCGUGGCAGCCCAGGCCGCAGCCGUGACUCAGUCGACUGCCAAAGCAAUGAAGCGAUCCCUCGAGGCAACUGUAGACCUGGCCUUUCCCCACAGUGUCCUACAGCCCCUACCAAAGAGACCAGCUCUUGAGAAGAGUGGUUGGACCAGCUCUCUCCUCAGCCCCAGUUUUUUGCACUACCAACAGGCUCUGGCUAGCACACAGCUUCAGCAGCCCACUGCUGCAUUUUAUCCCACAGGUUCCGUCCUGUGCAUGGCUCCCGCUAACAGCGUUGUCCCCAUGAUGUACAGUGCUACGCCUGCUACUGUCUCUGCAGCCACUUCUCCCGCCACAAGUGUCCCCUACGCAGCAACAGCACCAGCCAAUCAGAUCAUCCUCAAGUAACCGCCAGGAGCAGAAGUCAGUGCCGUGUUGCAGCUGUUAAAGACCCCAAACAGCUGCUCUGUAAAUACAACACACACAACCUGCUACAAGCUGCAUGUUGAUAACAUCACUUAUGAAAAAGCUGUAUAUAUCUCAUAACAAAUUACAUAGCUCACUUACUAAGAUUAUACUGUUAGAUAAGUGUCACAGAAGACAGAAGAUUACUGUAUGUGUGCGCCUUUGCAUUUAGCCUUUUAAUGAGCUAAAAUUCAACAUGUCGUCAGUUCACUUAUAGGAACCUCACAGACAAAAACGAACUUUUCUGAACAAAUUCAGCCAGGAAACACAUGUGCAGUGCUGUGCUGUAGUAACACCUUAAUACUACUUAAUACUAACUUACAUGGAAACAAACAGAAAUGUUGUUCAGUGACAGUUUUAGAUUGUGUAAAUAUCACAAGAGGAAGAGAUGAGCAUAACUGAUCUAAUCUGAAGUCGGUUUUCAGUGUCAGUACAUGUUCAUACCAGAUGUAAAGGGGUCCUAUAUGGGAUUGUUAAACAAUUUGUUUUUUUUUUCCUUCAUGAAUGUUUUAUGUAAACUAAGAGAACAUUUCAUCAAAUUAAUGAUUUUUUUAUAUAGUGCCAGAUUUCUUUGUUUUAUGCAAAGCACUUAUUUAAACUUUAAUCUUCAUGUUGUUAAAAUUAUGGAAGUUCCUUUAAAAUGUGCUGAGGGUCAUCUCAUCUACAUCGUCAUUACCCCAGAGAGCAGGAUCAGUGCUCCACCUUCUGGUGUGCCUUUGCAUUGCAUAUACAGUGUGUUCGCUAAGAGAAAGUGCUGUAUAAUCCAUUUGCUGCACAGACUUCUUCAAAGCAAUGAAGCAACAAUUAUUCAGACGGUGAAAUUUUCCCCUUCUAUUAUUUGCAUUAUGUCCCAGUGAUGGUUAACUUGUUGGAUUUUCUGUCAUCUUCAGCAGGAUUAAUGCCUGAAUGAGUUAACACAUUAUACAGCUCAACAAAGACACAAGGACAUUUUAGUGGGAAGAUUUUGUGAAAGGUGUAACAGUAACAUUACAGUAAUGUAAAAUCUCAACACAGCACAGCCUGUAGCAGAGUUGAGCUGUGGCUGCUAAAUGUGGCGGGACUCAGUACUGUCAGUAAUGUCAGUUAGGCUCAGCGCAGUUUCCUUAAACAAAAAUGACUCAUGAUGUCCUCCAGGUUAGUUCAGUCUUUGAAAACGUGCUCCAUAGUACUGAUAAGAAACCACAAAUUCAGAGCAUUGUUUCCUAUUUUUUUUGACAUUUGGUGCCACUGGUCAGCAGGGGUUACUUAAUUUCCUUAUAAUUCUGAGUUAGCCUGGAGGAGUGAGAGACUUUUUAGGCUCAAAAUAAGUCUGUCCUUUUUUUUAAAAAAAAAAAAAAAAAAAAAGUCUAACUUGCAUUAAACUAACCUAAGAACACAGUUCAGAUUAUUGUAACACUGCAGACUGGUAUAAAACAUCUGGUUCACUUUGAAGAUAUAGCAAACCAACUGCUCAUAAUCUAAGUAAAGUUCUUGCAAUCCUGUGAGGGUUGAGCUGAGUAGUGUGUGAACUGUAAGUCUUAAUGUUACAGUCUGUUGUCAGUGCUGUAUUUUUUGAAUGUUACAAGUGCCUAUAGAAUUGUGUGCAGAUGAGGACACCCAUGCAUAUUUAUAUGGAUUUGUUUGCAAAAUCACUCGGCAAAAUCUACUUUACUUAACUCACAUGUAGAAAGAAGUGUUUUGCAACGCUACGUCAGUGCAUUAGUUUUUUUACGUACACUCGUUUAGAUUUAGUCUUAUACAUACUUGUAUAUGUGUACCGUGUAUAACAGUUGAUAUUCACCUCGAUUUAAUUUUGCUUCUCUUUUAAGAUGAUCAUGUAUUGUAUGGCAGUGUCUCAUAAUUAGUUGUAAAACUCAGUAAAAUACUUUAUGUGGUAAAGUAGAAUUUUAAAUAGGUUGGUUUUGCAAGGCUUAGUUGUGUGUGGUUGAUACCACAUUCUGUAGUCGCCCCUUUUGGUUUGAAAUGUACAGCAGGCAGAGUGGAUAAUCGUAUCUGCGUAAUGUUCAUGUAAGAUUAUUUCGCCAUUUUGCAAACAGUGUGUGCAAACGUCAAUCUUCCCUUUAAUGUGUCUUUACAAUCAACUUAUAUAGUCGGGGUUUUGUUUUGUUUUUAUGUGAAACCAUGUGUGUAUGCUUGUGUGUGAUUAACUCGGACAAGCCACCAAUAGAUAUUGCAUUUGUUCACGAUUUAUUCAUUGUAUAACUUCAUUGUGAAAGGUUUUACACAUUAUUGGAUGGAAUAUAAGGAGUAUACUUACAUAUUUUACUAGUUUAACUUUAGAAAUGAACACUUUUAAAAUGUAUUCUCUUCUAUUUUAUGAUGGUGAUGAUGAAUGUAAUUUAUUAAACUGACUUUAGCUAUGCUGGAGGUUCCUCACAGGGCCUUGUUGUAUUAGCCUAUGAAAAGCCGUCUCGUGUCCGGGGGUGGAAUGUUGGAGCAAAGCGAAGCUUGAAACGUUUCAUCCUCGUCACUGCCUUGUCGCCUGUGAGGGACAGUGAGCCUUUGUAUGAUCAAGGCCAGAGUGUGUUGUACAGGCCACAUUUUACAAAAAAGUAACUUUCAAAUUAGUGUUAUAGUUUGAAUUGUUUUGAUGUUUUGCUGAGGCAAUCUGAAGUUGCAGUGAUUAAAAACUGUAUUUUUUCUAGGUAAUACAAUUUCUUUUUCCUUCUCACAAUAACACAUUAGAUUGUACUAUCGGAUAUUUGACUUUAUUAUGCCAUGGUGUGAAACACUGUAAGUGAUCCAGUGCAUAAAAAUCUAUUUUGGAAUGUGAGUUUUGUGUUUUAUAUGGUUUCCACUGAAUGUUAACAUCUUGCAACAAAAAUAUAAUCCACCCAGAAAGUCUGGAGUUGAUUUGUCAGUGGCUUUUAAAACUUUCAUUUUCUUUGAGAAAUGUUUAAUAUUUUUUUCCCUUAUUUAUUUUGCCUGCAAAUAAAAGGCAUAUAAUUAAAUAUUUGUUUCAACUUUUGACAAAAAGCUUGAAUGUCAUGCAGGCUGUCUGAGAUUUUGAUCGCCCAGUCAAAAAGAUACAUACGAUAAGAAUGUUUGGUCUGAGUGACUGAUGGAAAUGUUUCUCUUAAUCACUUUCAGAUGACUGAGAUGUGCUGCUUUUUGUGAACUUUGCCUUAUCUUUAAUCUAUCGCUAAGUUUGUAUUUGUUUCGUAAUUAUAAACUCCAUGUUGUCCAAUAAAUAAAAAAACA